UCUACCAGCAUAAGAAGCAGCCGUACCUCUACCGCUAUCAUGAUCACACGCCCGGCCCGUUCCUGACGCAGCUCGUUUCCUCCCUCACCGCUUUCCUGUGCGGUCUCAACCCGCUGCUGGCUGCCUCCUCUCUAGAUCUAAAACCUGAAGUCAACUAUUACUGGCAUCAUGGCGAGGAAGUUGUUGUUCAUGGACAUCGAAAGGGUAGAGUUGACCCUGUGCGGUUUCAGAUUGAUGAUAAACCACACCUCCAGAUCCGUGUAUCAAAGCAACUUCCAGAGAUUGUACCGCUGGAGUCAGAUCUUGGAGAUGUUCCCGUUAUUGAACAUAAACCAUCCAAACUGCCGUUGUUCAAAAAGCAGUACGAAAACAAAGUAUUUAUAGGAUCAAAGGUAGCAGAUCCAUGCUGUUAUGGACACACCCAGUUUCAUCUUAUUCCUGAUAAACUAAAACGGGAAAGGCUUAUAAGAGCACGUCUUGAGGAUCAGAUUGAAGUUGUUUAUCGAGCUAAUGGUAUUGCAAGUCUCUUUGCCUGGACAGCAGCACAAGCAAUGUAUCAAGGAUUCUGGAGUGAAGCAGAUGUGACCCGUCCUUUUGUAUCACAAGCAGUAGUGACUGAUGGAAAAUACUUUGCUUUCUUUUGUUACCAGCUAAAUACUUUAGCACUAACUGUAGAAACUAUUCAAAAUAACCCUCGGAAGAAUAUCUGUUGGGGUACAGACAGUAAGCCGUUGUAUGAUGUUGUGGAAGAUGGUAAUGUGAAAGGCUUUAAUGAUGAAGUUCUGCUUCAGUUGGUUCGUUUUCUGUUAAACAGACCAAAAGAGUUGUAAAUCAUUAAACAGUAAAGUAUUCCUGUUUGUGUCUGAACCUCAUUGUAACUCUAUAAGGUAUGGGCUAGAGUAUGCCUUGUUCUUUCUUAGUCAAGUAUUUGUCUAGCAAACACUAUAUACAUCUUUUAUGAUAUUUUGGCCUUAUUUCUUUAUUUUAAAUGUAU